GACAUGUCUGCCUCCACAAGGCCCUCUUCGUACGAUGCUGGCCCACAAUUACUCAAAGAGGUUUGGGCUCUGACAGCAGUCGCUAUCUUAAUUACCGCGUUGCGAAUUCCUGCGAAACUGAGAGUCGGGAAGUUGGGAUGGGACGAUGCUUUGAUGUCUUUUGCAUUGGUUAGCAAUAUUCAUUUUUCUUUUUGUUUGGCUAUCAUCGGAUCAGCUAUGCUCACGCUGGCAAUUAAACAUGGAUUUGGCCAACACAUCGGGCAUAUAAGCACAACCAAUAUCCCAAAGGCCAUCAUGUACGACUACUCGGCGCAGGCCUUCGGUAUUGCGGGAGGAACUGUAGGUCGAAUCGCAUUUAUCGUCUUCAUCGUUGGACUUCUGGGAGCACGACGGUCACAUAGCAUAGUCCUAUGGACUCUUGUUGGUCUACAGCCCGUUGCAAACUUGAUGUUUAUCGUCAUCAUUUUCGUCCAAUGCCCAGGACAUGUCUCUGCCAUCUGGGCUCAUACUGGGAAAGAGAAAUGCUGGGACCUGCGAGUCCAGGCAUUCUAUGGGUAUUUCCAAGGAUCAUUCAAUUCUGCAACGGACCUCUAUCUUGCGAUCUUCCCGACAUAUAUCUUUUGGAGCCUGAAUCUCAAGCUGCGGGUUAAACUGGGCCUGGCGGGCCUGCUUGGGCUGGGCAUUUUUGCGAUGACUGCUUCGAUUAUCAAAACAGUUCAAACCCAGGUUCUCGCUAGUGCAGACAGCGACCCUACUACCGCCACAGUCAACUACGAUCGCUGGUUGUAUAUUGAGACAUAUUUGGUGAUCAUUACAGCUUCCAUCCCCUGUCUUCGCUCACUUGUGCGUUCUGUCAGAGGCCGAACAUCAGGCACAAACAGAUACACACACGCGCUAAGUUCGCCGUACAUUCAAAGCCCCCUUUCCAUUUCCAGGAACAAGAGGCAAGGAUCGACUAUUGCCGGCAAGGGAGCCAGAUACUUCUCUGACGGGAAUGCUAGCGCUGCUGACAUUCUCCAGGACAGUCAUGAUAGGAGCUCAUAUACACAGCCAUCAAAAGGACGACGUUGCACCUGUGUAUAG